AGCUCGCCUUUCAGACGGCCACUAACAGGGCUAUAGCGUUCAACCUGCCGCCUCCUCCUGCACAACUCUCCGUGCAGCUCUUCUAAACCGCGGUUAACGAUGGCCGAAGGGGGGGAAGGCGAAGAUGAGAUCCAGUUCCUGCGAACUGACGACGAGGUGGUGCUGCAGUGCUCCACCACCAUCCACAAGGAGCAGCAGAAGCUAUGCCUGGCCGCCGAGGGCUUCGGGAACAGACUCUGCUUCCUCGAGUCCACCUCCAACUCCAAGGUAAGACUGAGCCCCACGAAGUUCACACUCCCUGUGGGGUGGGGGGUGGCUGGUCUCUUUGUCAUGUGACAGCACAGCAUGGUUGGGUAUGGGCAUGGUCACACCUCAGAAAUGAUGAUUCAGAGCCUCUUGAGGAGGGAGGAGAAGGAUGUGGCCACACUUAGACCUCUUUUAGUUAAAUGGUUAGCCAUGGAUGUUCAGUCCAACAUAAUGAUUUAAUAAUAUACAAGUGGCAUAGGGUAGUACCUAAGGGUUCAAAUACUCACAGACCAUGGUCAUUCACAGGGCAUAGUUAUUCACAGGACAUGGUCAUUCACAGGGCAUAGUUAUUCACAGGACAUGGUCAUUCACAGGGCAUAGUUAUUCACAGGACAUGGUCAUUCACAGGGCAUAGUUAUUCACAGGACAUUGUCAUUCACAGGGCAUA